AAUCCUGGCGGGCAGCUCGGCCUGCGCAAGCGCGCUGCCAGCAGGGCGCUGGGCGGACUCGGUGAGGUGAUUAUUUUGGCACCUGUUGCCUAAGGCUCCUCCUCCGUCUCUCCUGCCGGGGCGGAGGCGGACCAGGGGCGGGCCGUUGGCAGCCUCCGCCCCCUCAACCUUCGCGGGGCGCGGGCAGCAGCUUUUUGGUUCACAGCCGGGCAGCGAGAGCCGCGGGAAGGGCUCUCCAGGCGACAUACGGACGCCAGGCGUCGUGGGAAGGAAGAGUGACUAGCUCCCCUUCGUUGUCAGCCAGGGACGAGAACAGAGCCACGCUCCCACCCGGCUGCUCACGAUCCCUCGGCGGCGAUGUCGGCCGCCGGUGCCCGAGGCCUGCGGGCCACCUACCACCGGCUUCUCGAUAAAGUGGAGCUGAUGCUGCCCGAGAAAUUGAGGCCGUUGUACAACCAUCCAGCAGGUCCCAGAACAGUUUUUUUCUGGGCUCCAAUUAUGAAAUGGGGGUUGGUGUGUGCUGGAUUGGCUGAUAUGGCCAGACCUGCAGAAAAACUUAGCACAGCUCAAUCUGCUGUUUUGAUGGCUACAGGGUUUAUUUGGUCAAGGUACUCACUUGUAAUUAUUCCAAAAAAUUGGAGUCUGUUUGCUGUUAAUUUCUUUGUGGGGACAGCAGGAGCCUCUCAGCUUUUUCGUAUUUGGAGAUAUAACCAAGAACUAAAAGCUAAAGCACACAAAUAAAAGAGUUCCUGAUCACCUGAACAAUCUAGAUGUGGACAUGACCAUUGGGACCUAGUUUAUUAUUUGGUUAUUGAUAAAGCAGAGCUAACUGUGCAUUUGGAAGGCACAAUAAAACUAACUGCAACUGGUAGCUAGUGCUUGAUUCAAUAGAAAAAUAAAGCAAACGUAAUAACAGUCUCUCUACAUGACUUAAGGAACUUAGCUAUGGAUAUUAGUAACAUUUUUCUACCAUUUGUCCAUAAUAAACCAUACUUGCUCAUAUAUA